AUGGUGGGCACCGACAAUCCAGAGCAGCCCGACUACACAACAUGGAGCAACGCUAGCCUCGUCGAGCGAAUCACCGAGCUAGAACGUCAAUUGAAGUCUCAAACCACACAAUAUACUGCACCACCCACAGAGCUUCGCCUUGCGCCUAUUCCUAGCGAUGUCCACGAACCCGCGAUCCCCACUCAAGAGGAAGCAUCCGUGCAAACGAAGCCUGCGCAACUUGCCGAGAUCGAUAUCGUGCAUGCGCCUGGAAAAAAGCGAGCGCUCAAAGAGCAGCGAGAUUUUGAUCCCUCGAAAUACUCCACGCGGUUUAUUGCUCUGAAAUUUGCCUACUUGGGACAAAGGUAUAACGGUCUGGAGCAUACCAAUGGCAAUCCUACACCAUUGCCUACGAUCGAGGAGGUGAUAUGGAAGGCUAUGCGCCGGACAAGAAUCAUCUUCCCCGAAACCAGUUGUCCCGAGGAGGAGCCAAAUGAUACUGUGCCUCGUGCCUUACGGCCGUACUCUAUCUACUGGGAUGGGUGUGAUUAUUCCAAGGCUGGCCGUACAGACCGUGGAGUUAGUGCGUUUGGGCAGGUAAUUGGUAUUCGGGUCCGCAGUAUGCGACCCAUGCCAAAGGCUCCUGCUGCAGCCUCGGAGCAGGAAGGACUACAAGCGGAGAACGGGGAUGCGAUGCAGGUUGAGGAAACAGCCAUGGAUCAAGACUGGGAUGACAUUGCGGAUGAGAUUAACUACGUUCAAGUAUUGAACAGGGUGCUUCCGGAAGAUAUUCGUGUCCUUGCUUGGUGUCCUAACCCUCCUCCUGGAUUCGAUGCCCGCUUCUCCUGUAGAGAACGCCGCUACCGCUAUUUCUUCACGCAGCCUGCAUUUUCGCCUACACCCGGCGCAUUUGGAUUCGAGGAUCGCGUCAACGCUGGAAAGGGUCCAAAUGCAAAGUUCCGCGAGGGAUGGCUAGAUAUUGAGGCGAUGCGUGAAGCUGCGAAGUCUUUCGAAGGAAUCCAUGAUUUCCGAAACUUCUGCAAACUGGAUACAAGCAAGCAGAUUGAAAACUUCGAGCGUAUCAUUCAUUACUCUGAUAUUGAGCUUGUGGACCCGAAGACCAUGCCUUUGGGCUGGGUGAAUCGAGCUGGCUUUCAAUCGCAAGAAAAUUCUGUGUCUGAUGAGACUAUGGAGUCGCCAGAAACGGCGGCCUCAGCUACACCCCAGGUGUACACAUUCACACUGCAUGGGUCUGCAUUCCUCUGGCAUCAAGUCAGACACAUGGUCGCAAUCUUGUUCCUAGUUGGACAAGGGCUCGAGUCUCCGUCGAUUGUCCCCGAAUUAUUGGACGUGGCUAAGAAUCCGUGCAAGCCAACUUAUGAGAUGGCUUGUGACGCGCCCUUGGUUCUGUGGGAUACCAUCUUCCCCGCAGAAGGCUCAGGCAGCCGUGAGGAUGCUUUGGACUGGGUCUACGCUGGUGAUGUGCGCCUUAACAAGAACCGGAGUGCCAAGGGUGAUAGCAAGUUUGGCAUGAAGGGUGUGGUCGAUGGGCUGUGGACUGUUUGGAGACAGCGGAAGAUUGAUGAGAUUCUGGCUGGUGCACUGCUGGAUUUGACUGUUAGUCAGGGCACUAAUAGCAUUAUUGAUCACAUGGACGGGAAGCGGGGAUCAGGGAAGAAGACCAGUCGAGGUGCAAAGGUUUGGCUUGGAGAUAAUGACGCCCGCGUUGGAGGCAGAUAUGUCCCAGUCUCUAAAAAGGGAAGAACGGAGCCCGUGGAGGUCCAAAACGCAAGGUGGAUGGUCUCCAAACAGCGGAAAUUGGCAAGGAAGCAGGAGGCCGCAGACAAGAUGGAAGAAUCGUGA